AUGGCGUCGCUCUUCGGCAAACUCCCGUCAGCGGCUAUGCGCAAUUACGGCCAUAGUACGGCGCUUGUGAGUACUGCGAAUAGCAAUUGUGAGCGUACACUUCAAUGGGUGUAUGACGAUGAAACUAGUAAUUGUAUGCUCUGUAAUACGCUUUUUACAAUGAUUACGCGCAAGCACCAUUGUCGACGCUGUGGAAAUGUCAUUUGUCAUAAUUGCUCGCCACAUAAGCGCCGAAUUUCGUCUACCGACCCGUUUCCUAUGAGGGUUUGCAACACGUGCUAUGCUGCGGUUGAUGAACAUUUUGCGUUAUUGGAGUGGUCUGGCCAUUCUUCCUCAGAGAUUCAUAGCAAACCAGAUCCUGUAAUUGAAGGCCGAGUGCAUGUCGGGCAGUUGUAUGUAAAAGUAGUUGAAGCCAUUGGAUUACCGUCAACCGACUCAAUCACAAGCGACCCAUUUGUGCGGGUGAUGCUUACUGGUAAGUGGUCACACGGACAGGAAUGGGGCAACGAUUUAAAGAACACCAAGUGCACGAAGAAAAAGUCACGAACACUAAAUCCACGCUGGCAUGAAACGUUUGUAUUUAAUGUAUGUGCUCCAGGAGCAGAGUUGUUGCUUGAGGUGUAUAAUCACGGCCAACUAAGUCAGCCGACGAAGUUGGGUGAGGCUACAGUCCCACUUUCACAGAUAAUGGAUCAGCGACGACAUAACAAAUGGUUGGAUCUAUUACUACCCGAACGACUUCACCGUGCAGGCCUUAACAACGACACCCGAGCGGGUCGGAUUCACGUUUUAUUGCAUUACAAAUUCUCACGAAUGGCUGAACUAUGCAGCUACUUUACAGCAGAGCAAGAUUACGUAUAUGAAUGGCCGGAAUUUCAAGCCGCACAAUUGUAUAGUAAUUUUUGGGUUUUGUUGGAUAAUUUAUGGCCAUAUUUGGAGGUGGUCUGGCAGAUUUUACCAACAUUGAAUUGGGAGCAUCCAACGCACUCAUUUAUGUGCUUUGCUCUUUGCGUAUGGCUUUGUCUAUCACUACAAUGGCUGCCAGUGGUUAUUCACCUUGCACUCAUUGCAUUUGUUUUGCGCAAUUACUUUGAGCUAAAUUUCCAUUCUUUUGCAGGAGUGACAGAUGUGAAAGACCAUUCAACAGGUGCAAAUGUUCAUAUUGAUCAAGAUAUCAGUACUAGCGCAUUCCGACAGUAUAAUUUACCUUCGGGCUUUCAUCACCUUAUGAACAAGAUGACACAUGUCACAAUUGACCAAGAGACAAAGCGAACGCUGCAGUCAGUACAGAAUAACAUGGCUUGGUGGUCAAACAUUAUUAACAACCUUGAGCUUAUGUUUUCAUGGGAAGAUACUUUUUACACUGCACGCAUACUAUUCUACCUCAUCUGGACGGUCCCCUUUAUGUGGUUAACACACUUCAUCUAUGCCAUCCGCCAAUCUAUCAGCUCUUUGGUUCAUCAACACCGUCUUCGGAGCUCCAUGGCACAAGCGGAUCUAAACACUCGACCGUCUGGUGUCGGAUUAACUGGAGGUCUCAGUUUGAGUGACCACCCACGAGCCAUGCGCCGCACCGUCUCAAAUGCCAGUGCUCGAGCCCAUGCACGUGUAAUCAGGAAAGAAGAGGCAUUUGGGGCGGCAGCCUCAGCAAUCUCUAAACGAUUUGUUGUCUCUGGUGAGCCUUCACUUCGCAAGCGGCUCAGAUUUUUCGCUCCAAAUUAUUAUGCAGUCUUUGAUCACUUUGUAACAGGAUGCGUGCUGGACUACUGUGUGCGUUGUGAAGGAGCUAAAGGACAGGUUCGUGGUACACGUGCGCUACUGUCCUCACACCAAGCAAUCCAGGUCAUUUUACUAUUGUAUAUAGUUUACCUUAUUCCGUGA